CCAACUGUCAAAAGUCCGAAACACGCAUCUGACAUCAGUCACAUAAAAUACAAGAAACGAGGCGUUCGGGAUUGGAGUCAUACCACGCAGAAGAGGGUGCAAAUCCCCCGAAAAUUGGUUGCCCUUUGUUAAUAUUUAGCUGAAGAGAACAUUUGACUGAGUAGUGUUUAGUGAUCAUAUUUGUAGUGUAUCAGAAUAACAACGCAAAAUUUUGCAAAAUAAAAUCUACCCCAUCGAAGCCAAAAUAAAGGAGAAAGUGCGAAAUGAAACAGCCAAACAUUUUGGUUACAGGAACGCCCGGCGUCGGAAAAUCGUAUAUGUGCAAGCGGUUGGCCGAGCAGCUUGGCUUUAAAUGGCAAAAGGUGUCCGACAUCGUCAGUGAGCACGGCUUUGUCGAGGAGUAUGAUGAGGAAUUCGAGUGUCCGGUAUUGGACGAAGACCGACUGCUAGAUUAUCUCGAACCGCUUAUGCAAGAGGGUGGCAAUGUGGUUGAAUAUCACAGCUCGGAGUUUUUCCCGCAGCGCUGGUUCGACGUGAUCUACGUUUUACGUUGUGGCACAUCGCUGCUGUACGAAAGGUUACAGGCGCGGGGCUACAACGAACGGAAGGUUAAAUCAAACAUGGAAUGUGAGAUUUUCCAGAUACCACUGGAUGAAGCCAAAGAUUCCUACCGGAAGGAAAUUAUUUACGAGCUGCAGAGCGAUAAAGAUUCGGACCUGGAGGACAAUUUGAAGCAAGUGUGUGAGUGGUUGGAGAGCUGGCGGAGUGCCCAGGAAAAGAAGUCGUAGAGAGAUCGAAGAAUAACGCUUUCGAAACAAAACUUGAGAACAAAUUUAAUUUGCUUCCGGUUUUUUUAGAACCCACCUAUUCGCAUCCCUUGCUGCUAGGUUUGCCGCUGUGUUCAGAAUAUUUUCCAGCCUGAGUUUCUGUUUUGAUCAAGUCAGCAUUUAUUAAAUCGAUUUUUGGCCUUUCCAAAUUGUUACAUUUACGGAUUUUUUUAAACGAAUAAAUAUAUUAUA